UAGUCCUUUCCGCCUACCAUCCAUCUCAUGGCCCGUAUUUCCUCUUCUUCAACCUCUUCGCUCUCCAAUAUUACAGUAGAACAUUCUGGUGCUAAAUCCAAGUUCAUCCCAGUCGUGAGGCUUUGCCAAAAGUGGGGCCCUGAUUGGUUCUCCUCGACCUCCGUCUGCUGCACCUUCGUAAGCCUGAUGACGAAACGUCCAGGCUGCCAGAGACGAGCCUUUGCCUUUCCCUCUGCCUCUGCUACAACACUCUCGCCAUCGUCCGCCCUGUGCAAUUCGCCUGCAACUCCUCUUGGAUACCCGCACUCCGGGGUCUUGAUCCGGCUGCACGACCGUCUACCCGAGUCUUGCGCCCUGCACGAGACCCUGAGCCGCCUCUCCCAGCCUGCCAGCGCAGCGACAACCCGAGACUCCAACUGAACGAAACUGUCGAUAUCACAACUCUUGCUCCUCACACGCUGCCAUGCCGCCUCCUCCGCCGCCGCCGCCGCCUCCGUUGCCUGGGGCUGGAGGCCCUCCUCCUCCGCCUCCCCCUCCAGGAGGAGCCCCAGGCGGAUUACCAGCUCGUCCACCGCCGAGUUCAGGAGGCCGAAAUGCUCUGCUUGCCGACAUCAACAAAGGCAGGUCUCUUAAAAAGACCGUUACCAACGACCGCUCGGCCCCGGUUGUUGGCAAGACAUCCUCCUCAUCGGGCCCUGCCAUAGGCGGCGCCCCUCCCAUUCCCGGCCUUGGUUCGGCACCUCCCAUCCCUGGCCUUGGUUCAGCGCCUGCUCUCCCUCAGAAUUCUCUACUUGCCGACAUUAGCAAAGGAAAAGCUCUCAAAAAGACCGCAACCAACGAUCGCUCGGCCCCGGCUGUUGGUGCAGGCGGCGCCCCUCCCAUCCCUGGCCUGGCGCCGCCUGUCCCAGGAAACCGAGCGCGAAGCAACAGCGAGCAAAACUCUGGCCCAGCCGACUCGGCGCCGCAGCUGGCGGGUCUCUUUGCCGGCGGCAUACCGAAGCUGAAGAAGCGAGGAGGAAACAUUGAUACGGGAGCCGGCGCGGAUGCCUCGUUUGCCUCGGAUUCGGAGAAAGCGCCAUCACAUUCGGCGCCCCAUGUCCCGACCUUUGCCGCCCCGAAACCGCCAGCACCGCCGGCCGAUGCUGCGCCAGCUAUUCCUGGAAUUCCAGGACGAGGACCUCCCAUACCUCCCCCGGGUGUGCCAGCCCUGAAGAAGACCAAGGGACCACCGCCGCCGAUCGGAAAGAAGCCGCCGCCGCUCCCAACAUCUCGCAAGCCCUCAUCCAGGGCCACGCCGCCUCCGGCUCCUCCUCCGCCGGCCCCAGCUUCGGCUGCCCCAGUUCCUGCAGCUGCCCCUCCUCCUCCUCCUCCACCGCCAGCAUCCGCAGCACCGGCUCCAUUUGCGCUCCCUCCUCCUCCGCCUCCUCCUCCAGCAACUUCGGCACCUGUCCUGCCUGGAGCACCACCACCUCCUCCACCCUCAUUCGCACCUCCGCUACCCUCGCCAUCGUCAACUCCUCGGGCUCAACCGCCGCCACCACCUCCAGCUCCUCCUGGAGCAGCUCCUUCUCCUCCUCCGGCACCGCCAGCUCCACCAGUUUUGGCUCCGGCUCCGCCCUCUUCCAAUGGCCCCUCUGCACCUCGAGCCAGAGGAUCAUCUCUUCGCCAUACCAUGCUCGAUCCCAGCACAUUUACCUUGACUGCGAAUGGUGGCGGUUCGUCUGUGAGCCUGCCGUCCAAGACGUCCAAUCACUCGCCAUCACCGAGCCAAGGCGGUACGCGGAUCAUGAUCAACGAUACAAGAUGGCAUUUUAAGGAUGAGAGCGUUUUCCCGAAGCCUCGGGAUUUUGUUGGCGGUGUAAGGAGAUAUAGGGCAGGCAGAGGGAGCAGUGUUCCGCUUGAUUUGAGCGUGUUGAAUUAGGCCAAUAGAUGAUGAUAUCAGUUUGAUUUUCCGGAGAUUUAUCUUGUGACUAGUGAAGAAUGAUAUGGAAUACCAGUGCGAAAGUACCCCUGAUCUAUAAAUACACACAGCUUUAUAUAUAUAUAUUCAUAAAGAACUU